AUGCCCUCACGAUCAGAACACCAAUCUGACUCCCCAGCAGGAGAGAGAAAUGCCGCUCAAAGAAUCAGCAAAACCGGUUCGUUCAUCGCUGGAGGUUUGGCAGCAUGCAUAGCCGUCACGUUCACUAAUCCAGUGGAAGUGGCAAAAACGAGAAUGCAGUUACAGGGAGAACUAUCUGCCGUCGGUGAGACCAUCUACAAGAACCCAUUCCAAGCUAUGGGCCUCAUUGGUAAAACGGAAGGAAUUAGAGGCCUCCAAAAGGGAUUGAACUGUGCAUAUAUAUACCAGAUUGGCCUUAAUGGGUCACGUCUGGGUUUCUAUGAACCCAUACGUUUAGAAACGAAUAAACUACUUUUCUCAACAAAAAACCCCUAUGUCCAUCAAAAUAUGGCGGUUAACAUAGUGGCUGGCACCCUCUCCGGCAUGAUUGGCGCGGUUAUAGGCUCUCCUCUCUAUCUAAUCAAAACAAGAAUGCAAUCGUAUUCCUCUGCCAUACAAGUUGGUCAACAAACUAGAUACUCUUCUAUAUGGAAUGGUAUCACUAGUAUAGUCAAAAAUCAUGGCAUUAAAGGCCUCUUUCACGGUACUGACGCUGCAAUCUUGAGAACCGGCGCCGGAUCUGCUGUCCAACUGCCAAUUUACAACUCCGCCAAGAACUUCUUGUUACGUAAUGCCCACAUGCAAGAUGGAUAUUCUCUGCAUCUCAUCGCCUCCACCAUAUCCGGCGUCGGCGUUGCCAUCGUGAUGAAUCCUUGGGAUGUCAUACUAACAAGAGUCUAUAACCAGUCUGGCUCCCUUUACAAGGGCCCAAUAGAUUGUUUUCUCAAAACCAUAAAGAUAGAAGGCCCCUCCGCCCUGUACAAAGGGUUUGCCGCCCAACUCUCAAGAAUAUGCCCACACACUAUCCUGUGUCUAACCUUCUUGGAACAAACUAUGAAUCUUGUAUACCACGCUGAAGCCAUUCUGCUAGGACCAUGA